GUUGAGGUGGUGGCGCAUCUUCGGCGGUUGUAGACACGCGUUACGGUGCACAGGCGGAAUGAUUAUCGGAGAUGGACGUUCGCGGCUGCGGGCACGGGCUGUGUGAAGAAGAGAGCGAGGUUGUGGUGAUGGCGGUGAUUGCCGUUGUCCUGAACGCGAUGAGCGACAUGCCGUCCUCCUCCCGCGACAUGCGUUUGCAGCUCCGUAAACGAAGAGCGUUGUUGCAGAGCGUUGUCGAAGUGGCGGAUUGCGUGGCGACGUGCGAAGCAGUCGUGCCGUUGUGUUCUGCGCUGUCGUCUGGAUUUUUCCGCGACAGACCCCGCGAGGCCGGUGCUUUGCGCGCCAUCGUUUUCGUGCCGAUUAGGAUUGGGACGUACGCUGGACCGUCGCUCCUGCAGAAGGGUUUUAGUGGGCCAUACAACUUGAAUAAGCGGUGCUACACUCGUGUAGCGAGGGGCAGGUGUUGGGGGUGGCGCCGUGGUCGCCGCACUCCAGCAGCUGACUUGCUGCUACUUGCUGUAGCACAUCGAGGAGCGGAGCGGCGCACAACAUCUCAAGGAGUGAAGCACAGGGCUCAGAGUAGCCAGGCACAGAGUGGAAAGGAGCUGGGAAUGGUGCUGCAAGGAGCAAGACAAAGUGCUGCAAGGAGUCUGUCACGCAGUGCAACCGGAGGAGAAGGUGAGAGGCCUGCGCUGAGAAAGGGAGGAACAAUGGGAGAAGAAUGUCGCUAUUGCAAUCUUGAGGGGCUGGAGACGCAGGAGAAGGACGAAGGGGGAGGAGGGUCAGGAUGCGGGAUCAGGAGGCCGAGACGGUCGGGAUUUGGUCGGUGGGGAUGGGGAUGGGGCGACGGAGGGGGCACAAGGAGGAGAGUUACGGUGGAAGGUGAGAUUGCCGGCGUCGAAGUGGGUGCGGAGGGGGAAGACGUUGUGGAGGAUCCUAAAGUAAAUGGGAGGAGGGUGCAGGUCGUGGACCCAGUUUUCGAGAAAGCGAUGGCCUGAUUGGAAGGGGGAGGAUCGGGAUGUGGAGGAGCUCGGAAUGUCAGCCAAUCA